GAUACUUGGAAAGGCACUUUCUUGGGAUAUUUAUAAGUUAUACGCAUUACUUACUAACGGCCCAACCUAUAUCAAAGCAUUUUGAUACUAUUAGAACGUAAUUUAUCAAGCCGUGUAUAUCUGUAGCUGAAUCGUAUUACAUAUAAAAAUCAGCGAAUGAAAUUGACACUUUACCAAAUGCAGUUUAUGACUGUAUUGGAUAAACAAACCUGUAAACAUGUUGGUUUCAUUUAUAAAACAAUACUUCAAUUUGUUUUAUCUUAGUUCGAACAAAUCUCUGUAUAAUGAAAAUUAUAAAAUUUUUAAUCAUAUGGACUGCUAUAAUCGCAACAGCACAAGUUAUAUGUCAUAAUAUUACUUACUCUGUAGUAGUCCAUGACAUGAAAAAUGCCGAUAUGGGCGUUAUCAUUGAUGAAAUACCAACUCCUUUUAUGUUGGGCGUCUCAGAAGAAACUCCAUAUAUUUUUACAGGUGUUGCACCAUCUGCGCUCAAAGGCUACAGAUACACCAAAAUAAACUCCAGUAAAAUUUAUGAUACUGAAACUUUCUCUCGAUUUCCGACAAAAGAAAACACCUUAAACGAAUUUUAUGGUAGAUCAACUAAUAUCCACCCUAUCCCGGCUUAUCCGCAACUAUUUGAACCUUUGGCCUCUAUACAUAGAAUAAACACAGACAUUCACCAAGAUGGUCAAAUUCCUACCUUCUUCUUAUAUGGAAAUGAAGCAGGCGUUCGCGAAAUGCACUCCAACGUAUUUUUAAAAACAAAAAUUGAGUUGAAUCUAACAUAUAUUGGAUUAAACUAUGUUCAAAGUAUAGUAAGAAUAAACAUCAAAUUGGCUGGCAGAAGUACCAAAAUGACGCCCAAAGGGUCAUACAAAAUUAACUUGGGAAAAGGCAAUGAGUUAUUUGGAUUUCAGAAAAUAAAGCUACGUUCACUUGUUACGGAUCCUUCUUAUUUACGUGAAAAACUAUCAAAUGAUUUGAUUAAAUCAUUUGGAUUGGCAGGAUCAGGAUUUUCAUAUGCCAGAGUCUUUAUUAACGAUAAGCCGUAUGGAUUGUUUGGAGUUCAAGAGGAUUUGGAAAACCCGUGGAUAGUAAAUGAAUUCAAUGACGGUAGCCAGGAUUAUACUCAGGGGACUCUGUACGCUGGAAAUCAUAACGCAUCUCUGUCACCAAUCACUGAUAUAGCAUCCCUCGAUAUUAAAGAAGGGGAUGUAUUUCAUCAACCUCAGUAUCAAAUAAAAGAGGUUUCUUCGAGAAAUGGCGAAAAGGCUCCAUCUGAUUUCCAGCAGUUAAUAUCUUUAACCGAGUUUUUGGCCAUGACGCCCAUUCCUAAAUCCAUUUCUGCGUGGAACCAAAAAAUUGAUAUCGACAGUGUAUUGAGGAGUCUGGCACUCGAAGUAAUUGUUGGAAAUAAUGAUGGGUACAUCGCCAGCCAGACCAACUAUUUCCUGUUUUCAAAUUUGAAACAAAGCGGUCAAUUCAUUUUUAUACCAAGUGACAUGGAUUUUACUUUUGGCUCUGGUUUUAAAAGAUAUUGUAAUGACACCAUUCAAGGAAAGUAUGAGAACUUUCCAUAUUUUGACGUCACCCUUCCACUAUUACGUAUCCUUGAAGUACCAGACUUCAAACUAACUUUUGGUGAAUUAAUUAAGAAAGCUGUAAGCAAUGUAAACAUUAUAUACAGCCGAAUCGAUGCAUUGGCGGAGAUGAUUAAAGAGGAUGUAAUUUGGGACCAAUCGAUCACUCGAGAUUACAUUAUUUUGCCAAAUAUUAAUACCGUUAAUUCAAGCUUAACCUUUAUUGUGGAAAAUGAACAUAUGGAUCCAGUUGUAUUUUCUGACUAUCUUGGGCGGGUUUUACACAAUAACAUAUCAUUCGAAGAAGCCAUCAACGGUACGAUAAAGCGGCCUUCUAUUAUGGGAUUAAAACAGUGGAUUACUGCGUCAGCUGAUGCAUAUUUAAAAGAUCAGCUAUUACGUUGAUUUAACAAACGUCAAUAGCUUAGUGUUAGGAAUUAUAAAAAGUAAACAAAAAAAAAAUAAAGCUAUUGCCGAU